GAGGAUGGAGACCAUACAGUCAUACUUCGCUUAAUUUGCUAAGCUCUCUCUCCCACAGAAUGGCGACGCCUCUCAGCCACUUCUCCUCUCUCGCCAAGCCAACCCCCGGCGUUCCGCUACCACCGCACUGCCUCAUGACCGUCGCCAUGCCCCAGCAGAGCCACCAGUCCUACUGGGCCGCUAUUGAAGCAGACAUCGACGCCCAUCUCAAGAAGACCGUCACCGUCCGGCCGCCGGCCACUGUCUUCGAGCCCAUGCACCACCUCGUCUUCGCCCACCACCGAACGAAGGCCCCCGCCCUCUGCCUCGCCGCCUGCGAGCUCGUCGGCGGUGACCGCACCCAAGCCGCCACCGUCGCCGCCGCUUCAGCCCUCCACCUGGUCCACGCCGCCGCCCGCACCCACGAGCACCUCCAGCUCUCCGGAGAAACACAGCCCGACCCGCAUACCUCCCACGCCUACGGCCCGAACAUAGAGCUCCUCACCGGCGACGGAAUCGUGCCGUUCGCGCUGGAGCUGCUCGCACGCUCGGUCGACCCUGCCAGGAAAGACUCCGACCGGGUCCUACGUGCCAUAGUCGAGAUCACACGUGCGAUAGGCCCGCAAGGCUUCAUCGGCGGCCGCUACAAGGAGAUAAAAGGGAAAGAACAGUCGGCGGCACAUGCGUGGGAGAAGAAGGAAGGGGAGCUUCACGCGUGCGGGGCGGCGUGCGGGGCGAUCCUGGGCGGGGCGAGCGAGGAGGAGAUAGAGAGGCUGAGGGCGUACGGGCUUUACGUGGGGAUGAUUCAUGAGAUUAUUGCGCGCGGAGAUGAUGAGGAACGGACGGCUGAGAUGAGGCAGCUAGCUCUCAAGCAGUUGUACGGGUUGCAUGGCAGGGAGAUAGAGCCGUUGGCCAGUCUCGUUGAGGCCAACCUUCGUGUUUCGUGAUUUAUAUUACAAUUUAUUUUUUAAACUCUAUAUUUUGCAAUAAAUUAAUUAGUAUAUUCCAAUUUUUAUUAUCGCAAUUAUUAAAUUAUAAAUAAAUUUUAUUAUAAUUCAAA